AUGUCCAAUCCUCACAUGAAUCUUCGCGGGCUCGACUCAAAGAGCCAUGUUGAUGUCAAAAGACGUGCUGCCCAGUACUCAAGAAUAGCAUCAUUUAUGAAUGCAGAUCCAGACGAAAUCGCAUUUGGUCUUUCAACAACCGGUCUGCUCAGAACCUUGACCAACUCACUUCGCCCAAAUCUCAAUUCAGACUCUGAGAUUGUUGUUUCUGUUCUCUGCCAUGAAGCUGGAAUCACUGCAUGGCGAGCCUUGGCAAAGAGUCUCGGCAUAGUCAUCAAGUGGUGGGCUCCACCAAAGGGCUAUGGUACAGACCCCAGGCUCACUCUUGCAUCACUUCGGCCUCUGUUAUCUCCCAAAACAAGACUUGUUGCUUGUGGACAUGUGUCGAACGUCACUGGGACGAUUGAGCCCAUAAAGGACAUCGCAGACCUUGUCCAUACUAUCCCGGGUGCCAUGGUAUGCGUCGAUGGGGUAGCUUGGGCUCCCCAUCGUCCAAUUGACGUCAAGAGUCUUGACGUCGACUUUUAUAUCUUCAGUUGGUACAAGGCCUUUGGUCCUCAUCUUUCCCAGAUAUAUGCUCGUCGACGUGUUCAACAGCGCUUCCUAUCCAGCCUCAAUCACUAUUUCUUCGAACCCAAUACCUUGUCCGUCAAGCUUGGCCUUGGAAAUCACUGCAUUGAGCUGGAACAUUCCGUUGUACCCAUUAUCAACUAUCUAGAGGACCAAGUCGGCUGGGAGUCCAUCGUUGGUCACGAGCAGGCCAUCACUGGAUAUCUUCUUGACUACCUGACAUCCAACCCAGACAUGUAUACUGUUUAUGGGUCUCACUCUUCAGAUCCCAACGAUCGAGUGUCUUUGGUCAGCUUCUCUGUGAAUGGGCUUUCAUCGGAUCGAGUGGCGCAGGAGGUCCACGAAACAUCGGCAUGUCGCUUGAUAAGUGGAGAUUGCUGGUCACCUCGUACAGUCUACGAUGUUUUGGGACGUGGAGAUGACGGUAUUAUACGGGCAAGUCUGGUGCAUUACAACACUAUGGAUGAGAUGAGAACCUUUACACAAGUCUUGGACCAAGCAGUGCGUCGCUUGAGACACAGGGACUCUCCUCCAUCGGCUGUUCAUGCUGCUGCUGGUUAG